AUGGGCCGUGUCAUCCGCGCGCAGCGCAAGGGCGCGGCGGGGUCGGUGUUCAAGUCCCACACCCACCAACGCAAGGGCCCCGCCCGGUUCCGCGCGCUUGACGUCGGCGAGCGCAGCGGCUACCUCAAGGGCCUCGUCACCGACAUCGUGCACGACCCCGGCCGCGGCGCCCCGCUCGCCCGCGUCACCUUCCGCCACCCCUUCCGCUACGGGCAGCAGAAGGAGCUCUUCAUCGCCGCCGAGGGCAUGUACACCGGCCAGCCCAUCUACUGCGGCCGCCGCGCCGACCUCAGCAUCGGCAACGUCCUCCCGAUCGGGACGCUCCCCGAGGGGACCGUCGUCUGCAACGUCGAGGGGCACGUCGGCGACCGCGGCGCCCUCGCGCGCUGCUCCGGCGACUACGCCAUCGUCAUCAGCCACAACACAGACAACGGCACCACCAGGGUGAAGCUCCCGUCCGGCGCCAAGAAGCUGCUGCAGAGCAACUGCCGCGCCAUGGUCGGGCAGGUCGCCGGCGGCGGCAGGACGGAGAAGCCACUGCUCAAGGCCGGCAACGCCUACCACAAGUUCCGCGUCAAGAGGAACUGCUGGCCCAGGGUGCGCGGCGUGGCCAUGAACCCCGUGGACCACCCCCACGGAGGAGGCAACCACCAGCACAUUGGCCACGCCUCCACCGUCCGCCGCGACGCUCCGCCCGGUGCCAAGGCCGGCCAGAUCGCCGCGCGGAGCACCGGUCGAGGGCGCAGGGGCCAAGCCGCCGUGACCGCCGGCAAAUCUAUGCUAUGA